UCAGGUCCUAUGUUUCUUCCUUGUGUUUUCUAGGAUUCGUUUUCCCUCUGUGUAGGAAAGGAGUCAUCCAUUGGAAUAUCUUCUCAUGUCACUUGUCCCUCGCCUCUGUGGUGUUGAAGAGAGUGAGGUGGCAAGUAAAAGUAGCAGGAGUGAAAUAUUCAUGGGGCGACAGGUUUGAUCCUAAACGGCGGCAGGUCUUUGGCCUUCUGAUCGAUGCAUGACACGGCGAGGGGCUGCCAGCACGGGCCGCCACAGACUGAACCACGGACCUCAGCACUGAUUCACAGAGCCCCACUCCUCCUGGGGUAGGAGGAGGAGGUGGACAAGGAGUGGGUGGUGGUGGCGAGCGGGCAGAGGGCGGUCAGGGCAACCGGCCGGUUGUCCAGGAGCUGUGGUUCAUCGUCGUGAUGGCAGCCAUCGCCCUCCUGCUUCUGGCCGUCGUGUUGGGUGUCACUCUUCAUAAGGCCCUGAACAAACCCCCCUUCCCGCGAGAGAGACCCCCUCUGGUGGCCCUGCCCAUGCAGAAGAGGAACCCCAUGGCUGUUUACCCAGCAAGCAACUCUGUCUUGUUCAACACCGUGCAUGACACAACAGGCUUCUCCAACAGUGUCACACUCAAGGGCUUCACCAUGAAGAUGGAGGAAGUGUUUGAGGCUAAGUGUGAGCCCUCUGACCACGCCCCUCCUCAGGGCGAGCUCGGGAUCCUCAGCGUGAACUCUCUGAGACGCAGCGUCAGCCAGGUGAUGGACGGCAAGUCGCUGACAGACGAUGGAACGUGGGACCCAAACAUCUCAGGCCAUGACAGUGGGCUGUUUAUGGAAGAUGAGGAGUUUGUCGACACCGUCAAAGGCUUCAGCACCGUGAGGAAGGAGCACACCAUGUUCACUGACACCAACCUGUGACCUGAGGACGACCUUUGACCCUCACAGGAAAACACAGCCACAGGGUCACAUUAUAUCCACCCGGUUUUGUCUCAAACCCGGAGUUUAGUUGUCAGAGUUCACAACUGAGCGGAAGGGAUAAAUGAAGGAAGAAGAAGAAGACAUGAUCCGUGAUUACACUGUUGGAUUAACUGUGGCAACUAAGUGAGAAACGUUAAAACGGGACACAAAAAUAUGACUAUCGAGCGUAAAAAGGAAGAACCUAAUUUUGAAAAAAAUUAGGUUUUAUUUCUCGUCAUCAAAUAGAGACUCCUAACACGAACAGAAAAAGACAAAUCAAAACAAAGAUAUAGUGGAAGAAGCAGCAGAACAUGGUUAUGUAUUUGGGUAUUUUAAUUGUUUUUUCCCUUGCUUGAGGGAGUAGUUAUAUCUGAUAUUUUUUCAAGAUGCAUACCUUUUUGUUCACAGAAGGUGUAAUUCCCUAGUUAGCACGGACUGUGAGCACUGAGCAGCUCCAACACAAAAACCUGACAGAUAUGCCCCAUUCCUUAUGAUAUAUAGGAAAAAAAUCCCCCAAUAAUCUAUGAAUUAUUAUCUGGGAAAUGUCUCCAAAAAUGUUAUAAAGUAAUAAAUACAUUUCUGGACCUGCAUCGAAAUUUGAAGGAGUCGUCCCUGUCCCAUGCUACCUCCUCACACCAGGUUUCGUGCUAAUCCGACUUGUAGUUUUUUUUUUUAUCUUAAAUACAAACCAACAGUCGGGCAAAAUCAGAUGCAAGGCUUUAGAAUAUUAAUUGUUGUACAAAUGAUUUUUCAAAUACCUUCAGUAAAAUUUGCUGCACUAAAGGCUGCUGCUUAAACAGCCGACAUGCAAUGUUUGAAAGAAUAACAUCAGUUAAGUAAACUAUAAUUCACAAUGAAGACAAUAUGUUGUUCUUCAUUAAAACAGGUCAGCAAGAAUUUCACAUUUAUUUUAUAAGAUUAAAAACUGGAAAGAUAUCUGACUAUGGAAAUAACAUUUUCGGUUAAUUUCCUGUUGGUGGAGACAGUGAGUCUGAAGACCCUGCACAGAGCCGACAAAACCACUGGUGCUGCAUGGACGAGGGCCAGGACUGUCAAAAAAACAUGGAGAGAACAUUGGCAGAGUGCAGACACGGCAUGCAGCACCAACUGGACCCAAUUACACCAUUUGACAGAUCUCCCUCCUCUUCCUCCACAUGGAAGAGAGCAGCUGUUGUUUCUGAAGGUCUGUGAUGAAGGCCAGGUGGAGCAGCCGAAGACUCCAAGUCGAUUCCGUGAGAAGAGCUCAGGUACAAUUAAUUGUCACCGAUGAAGCUGAGCGCAGUUUUCAGAAGUGUACUGCCAUGUGUAGAUGCAUUUUUUGUCUUUGCCACACAUCAGCCACUCUUUUUAUUUUUCCAUAGCAAGAGUUCCAAGGUUUAUUUACCUUUUUUUUUUGCAUCUACAGCAUAACCUGUAAUAAAGCGACUGAGUUUUCUCGAGGUCGUGAUAUUUUUUAUCUUGCAGACAUACUUUGCACACAUGGAAAAGCAC